GCCGCUCGGGCACUACGCGCAAGGAAAAACCAACCACGACACCCUGCCACAGCUCUCCAUCACUACCAGUGUCUUGCGUGAAACGGAACAGUUUAGAAUCGGCCAGCAUUUCAAAAACGAAACGUUAAAAUUCAAAAGUUUUAAGAACAAAUUACAAUUCGAACACGGAUCGUUAAAAUUCAAAAGUUAGAACUAUAGAGCAUUCAAAAUAAGGUGUAAACUUUUUUUGUGUUUGGGGUGUCGUAGGUGGCCAGUGUGAGUGACGGUGUGUGAAGUGGCAUGGGGUAGCGAUGGGGGCUGGACACAGCGCGGAAGGAGAGGGCGCCGCGUACGCAAGCGACCCGCCAUCUCAUGACCGCCGUAAAACGAACAGUAGGAGAAGAAGACACUCGGUGGACUCGGUCGCGUCGUAUUCUAGCCAGAAUCACGUUGACCGUAUAAGAACACAGAAUUUCUCAGCGGCUUCUUGUCAAGACGACAACGACUUCGGCUCGAUAAAGACAAGUCUCUUCAGAAGGUCAUCAUCGAACUUGGAGUACCCGUACAAACGGCCAGAGAGCGUCACAUCCAACACCAGCUCCACAAGAAGCCGCCUUCGAGAAUUUGUUGAAAGGAAAUCGAGUCAGGACGAGCACAAGUCCGCCGCGAACACCGUCGGUGACAUCCAAUACUUUGAGAACCCUACGGAGACGCUAGAGUUCGACAGACCGCGGAAUUCUCUAGAAUCUAAGAAGAGCCAAGAAGAACGACCUAAAAAGAGAAAACUGUCCAAGAGCAAAGAUAAAGACAAAGAUACAUGUGAGAGUAAGAACAAGAAGCACGAAAAGUAUCAAAGCAAAUUAGCUGAAUAUUAUAAGCUUCCUGUGCAACUUCCACAAGACGAGUUUUAUCAACAUUUAACAAGGUCUAAAGCAGCAGAGGAACUGCUGCAGAAAAGAUUCUCGAAUUCCGACACAGAGUUCAGUGGUAGCUACGGAAGGUUAUGCAAGCAUAAGGAGCCAGAAGGAUCGAAUUUAAGGCGCAGUAGAAGUUUAGCGGUGAUCAGAGAAGAGACUUUUACUGAUCUUCAGAUUCAGAACCACGCCAAGAGCAAAAGAUCCCAGCUCAUACCUCGCGCCCGCCUUUUUGACAAACCUUGCUUCAAAGACAGGUUACCCGGACGUGCAAAAUAUCAAACAAAAGAAGAAGUUUUAGAAAGUAUUUACAUUGACAGUACUGCUUCCUGUUUCGGUGAUAUCAAUGAACAAAGAGAAAACGAAACGCAACUAGACCCACCAAAUAAUAAGUCGGAAAAGGAAGACACAGUAUCCAAGACCGGAAGUCAUCACACCAGAUCAGUGAGCGGAAGUUGGCCGAAUCUUAACGAAGAAACUAAACCUACGAACCUCUCCGAAGAUAGUAUUGGGCACUCGCGGAACCCAAGCGAAAUCGAUAGUCUUGACUCAAAUUACGUAAGAAAGCAUUACAAUUUUGAAGCACAUAGAAAAAAUUAUAAAGAUAACUCUUCACCAGAAACAGAUCGAUCCGUAGCGUCACCGAGUCACAGCAAAGAACUAUACGUAACUACAGACGAUCACGAUACAGAUAACGAAGACAGAGACAGAUCUAAAAAUAAUACGCCAAAAUCCUUUACUAACGAUAGCCUGUCUACAACACACAGCGAAAAAGGUAAACAAGAAACAUCACAGCGCGAAAAAAGUCGUAGCAGAAAUUCUUAUUCAAAUGUAUCUGUAAAAAAUAUACAAGAAGAAAUUCAAGAAAACACUUCGGCUGAAGAAUCUAAAACUAUUUUAAAGGAAGACUACGAGCAAUCACUGGCAUCCGAUAACGACGAAACUUUAUCCAGUCCACCUGAUAGUAUCACUUCUUAUAUAUCUAUCUCAAUCGCAUCAUCUACUGAUAAAUCACACAAAUUAGAAUACUUAGCCAAUUCUUUAGCUGAGAAAAUCGAUGAAUAUUGCGAUUCACAUUUCAAAGAGAACACAUCUGUUACGUCUCACACAGUUAUUUCAGAUAAUAAUUUAGAAAGUGAUCCAAUAUAUACGAAAGUAAAUAAAAAGAAAACUUUUGCAGAUAUAAGAAGAGAUUCGUUUUUGAGCAAAAGUGGUAGUAUUUUUAAAGAAGUUUGCAAAAAAGAGAAUAAAGAAAUAUACUCUUGCAAUAGUUCUUACUUAGAUAACGAUAAAAUUUCUAUAAAAAGUAACGGCACAUCGAUUAACAACAUAACGACUGAACCCUUUGUAACAACAUUAAUUGAAAAUCAGUAUUAUUCACUCCCUGAUAUAAAUAUCAGUAAAUGUUUGAGAAAAUCUGAGCGAAUAGAUGCACAACUGAGAGAAGAGGAUCCGGAAGACGUACCUUGUGAAAAUACAUAUGAAAUAGCUCAAUCUCAUUUUCGAGAAAUAUUAUCAUCUAAAGGAAAUCAAAACUAUGGUCAGCUAAAUAAAACACAGUCCGCACGAGAAAAUAACGUCAAUUCAAAAAGUGUAUAUCUACCAGAAUAUACGGAGCCUCAUGUCAUUCAAAGCUUUGCAAAACUUGAAGACGAUUUAAAAUCUAUUAUUACCGUUGAUAGCUCGAACGCUGACGACAAAUACGGUCAUUAUUAUAGUUCAGAUACUCAUCAAAACGAGCGAGAAAUUAAUGAAAUAGAAGGAACAAUUCGCAAUAAUAAAUUAAUCACAAAAUCAGAGAGUUUAAAAAUAACUAAUUCAGUUUACAGACCGGAGGUAAAAGUUAUCAAGUCUUUGUCCAACGAUAAUAUUACAAAAACUAUACAUGAAAAGAAAGGACGUAUUGGUAUCAAAAAACAUUAUUCACUCAGACAACGAGAUCCUGCUGACGAUGAUCUGCGGCGUAUUCCAAGUCCAAGUACUGUAGAACAUAUUAUUCAUAAGCAAGCAAACGAGUUAACCAUAAAUAAAUGUUCUUAUACCGAAGAGACUAAAACUCAUUCGUUACUGUCUCGGGUACAGUCGUUUAAAACAUCAGCAGAAUCCAAUAUAGCUUUAGUACCACUAAGUGGUCAUCAAACUAUAGUAAUCAACCCGCCACUUGAUCAAAAUUUAAAUAACCAUCAGAAACAAAUUAUUGAAAAGGCACAAGAAGCACAGUCCAAUAAUAUCAUACAUUCGUCUACGAGAGAGAUUUUAAAACUCGAGUCAGUUAAAAAGACACAAGACUCAAUAACUGAUAAAAAUAAACAAAUUAAUAAGACUUUGAAUGAUAACAGCGGUGUGGACACUUCCAGUUUUCACACUCCUAAGGAUCCAUUUAUAACAAUCAAACUGAACAGAGUGGUAAAAACUACUUUGCCAACAUUUAAAAAAGUGACAACGGAUAAUAUUCCAUAUUCUCAGAAUAAAUACGAAAAACCUCCACCAAAAUUAAUUAUUAAAGAUAGUAAGGAAAUACAAGAUAUACAAAGGAUAAACACUAAUAUGACUCGUCCUCAAAUCUUACAAGUAAUUGAUUCUAAAAACAAUAAACAAAAUAACAACAUGGAGAAAAAUAAUAAUACAGAUAAAAAAAUUGAAACAAAUAAAUUGGAAACAAAUUCCGAUAAAGGAGAAAAUCUGGAUUUCAAAGGUGAAUCCAAUGUGAAAGAAAAAUUAAAUAAUGCUAUAAAAACUGACAUAGAAUAUCAAGAAAAACUUAAUUCGGUAAAAAGUUACUGGUCAAAACUUAUAGAACAAAAAGCACAUUCGAAAGAAGAACUCAAACAAGAAAUUAAACAAAGACAGGACGUUUGCACUAAUGAUUAUAACGGUACCAUUGAACAAAAUAAUAACGAUGAAAUUAAAUCACAGGAAGAUAUGAAAACUGACGAAAACGAAACCACAGAAUUAUCAGUGGGGAGUAUUAUCAAGUCACUAGAAAGCGUCAAAAUUGUAGACAGUAUAAGAAAAAUAAGUCAAACCAAAUUGCAACUUUGGAAAGACGAAACAGAAAAGGUCAAAAGUGAUUCAGAAAUAGAAGAAACGACGUUGGAGAAAAUAGAAAGAAAACCAGAAGAUAUUGUAUAUGAAAAACCUAAGACCAAGAAAACAGAAUUAGAGUGUAGAGAUACACCUGAAAUUGAAAUUGUGGAACUCACGAAUGAAGACAAUCAGAACCAAAAAACUCAAGCUACAUUAAUCAAAGCAAAGGGUUACGAAAGAGGAUGCGAUGAGUUUGAUCAUGUUCGAUACAAAGUUAUGAAAUCAGAAUUGUUUAAAAAUAGUAUGAUUGCCAACUAUCGCAAAGAGGCACAAUUCGAUGGAUUACUGCAAUAUCUACAAGACUACAGUUUUCAAGAACUUUUGGUAAAUAACAAUAUCGUCAUAAUUGAACCUGUUAGAACUAAGAUCGAACCAGCACCCAGAAAGAACAACAAUACAGAAACCUGCAAAAUAUCACCAAAUUUAUUAAAGAAAAAUGAGAGUAACUUGGGGCACGUAGACAGGUCAAAAAACGCAAUACGCAGACAUUUCUUUUACCACCCCAUCCGAGUAAACAAAGAAAUAAUAGAAGAAGAACUUCCUAAUCCUGACACCGUAAAAAAAGUCAGGAACCUUUUCGAAGAUACUUUGAAAAUGAAAUCUCCUAUGGGUCAAACUGAUCCACCGUUAAUAGACGAGUCUCUUGGAUUGACCAGACGAGCUACCUCUUAUAGAAACCUGAAUGAGGAAUCAAAAGGAAAUAAGAUCGGAGGAAGGAAAAAAGUCAUAAGACAGUUGACUAUUGAUACAAAUUAUGGUCAUAAAAAAUGGGAUAAUGCUAGUUUGUCAAGUGGAGUAUCUAGCGGAGACCUCAGUUCUAAUAAUGAUUAUGAAACAGAAGGUUUAAGUCCAUACUCUAAUAAACAUUUAAAAGAUAAUGUAUAUAGUUCAAGUGACGAAUACCUCUGUGAUUCAAUGAGUCAAGACUUUUGUUGUGAAAGUCAAUAUGUUAGUCCAGACAUCUUGAAGAAAAUAAGAGAUUGUGGUACAUCCAUUACUUACUAUGGCGGCAAAGUUUUAAAUUCUAAGCCUGGUUCUACGGUCAGCCCCAUGACUAAAGCUAUAAUGGAGGAAAUAAAAAGCUUACAGAAAAAUUGUAGUCGGGACUGCUACUCAUGUCAGACGAAAUGUCGUGGAAACAAAUGCUCAUGUCUGGUUGCAGAUAAACAUAAACAAAAGCUGUCAGAAAAACAAAAAACCAGUCUUCCAACUGAAUCAAUAAAGCAAAAUCAAGAUAACAAAAAUACAGAUGCAUUCCCGGGAUUCAAAUUUAAGUUAGUAAAGUCAAACAGUUGUAGCAGUCGGCUUGAAUUAACAGGUACAGACGAUACCAAAAAUCUUUGUAACAAGUUCAAGAAUCAGCAAUCUAAACUAGAAGAUCCUCCUCUAGUUUAUGAUGAUGAAAAUUCUGUGAAAAACAAAAUUUGCAGACUUGAAAGUUACAAUAAAGGUAUUGUAAAAACACCGUUUGAAAAUAAAGAUAACGAAGACAAGAAGCCAGUCAAAAUUAUAAUAGAUGUUAAAAGGAAUACCGACUUUAAUUCUAAGAAGAAUGAAAUGCCUACACAAAAAUUGAUAGCAACCGUAAAGCCCACAGAGGAAAACGUUGAAAAAUUAUCAGCACAAGAUGACAGUGAACAAAAAACUUUAUCAGAAAAAUCGAAUGAUAGUAUCACAUUCGAGAAGAAAUUCUACUACGUUAACGACAACUUGGAGCAAAGCAAAACCACAACAGGCAAAUUUGGAGAAAUGGUGUUCGAAGAAUUCGAGGUUUUAGAAUCAUGUUACGAUAGUCUAAGUAGCAAUAAGUCUUUAAAAUAAUGACUCCUUGAUGUUACUAUAAGCUUUGCUUACGUAAAUUGUGAUCUGUAUUCUAAUAAAGCUAUUAAAUUAUUGCUAGAUAAUAUAGUACCUAAUAUUAUGAUUAGCAAUCAUGUAUCUAAUUAUAUUAAGUAUUGUACGUACAGAGCUGUAACAUUCCAAAUCGAAAAUAACUGUAGCGUGGUGACGGUCUCUUAACCUUUGUAUGAAAUAUAAUUUGUUAAAGUUU